AUCCCGACUGUCCCAUGCUCAGUAGACGACACGCGUUCGAAGUGAUCACUGCCCACGAUGGACACGCGCCAAGACACUCACCUAGCCAAGCUUAACAAUGUGACAAUUCGGCCAGCCUCGGCGGGAACGCUUGAGGAGGAAAUUAGUCGCAUAAUCGAAGAUGAGCCCCGGGAACAUCCGCUCCAUCUGCUCGAUCUCGACGAUCUGGUAAGCAAACAUCUCGUCUGGCUACGAUCGAUGCCACGCGUCACUCCUUUCUACGCCGUCAAGUGCAACGAUGAUCCGGCAAUACUGGCCACGCUGGCCGCCCUCGGUACCGGGUUCGACUGUGCAUCGGAGGCCGAAAUGCGCACCAUCCUAGCGCUCGGCGUAACGCCCGACCGUAUCAUCUUUGCGCAUCCGAUCAAAUCCGUCCAAGCGCUUGCGUUUGCCAAAGCGCACGGCAUCCGGCGCAUGACGUUCGACAACGAAUGUGAGCUGGAGAAGGUGGCGCGCGCAUACCCGGAGGCCGAGCUUGUGUUGCGCAUACGGCACGAUUCCGACCGGGUGCUGAUUGCGCUGGGCAAGAAGUUUGGCUGCGAUGCCCGGGGUGAUGGACGCGUGCUGCUGGCACGCGCCAAGGCACUCGGCGUAGCCGUGAUCGGUGUUAGCUUUCACGUGGGCUGUGGCAGCUUGGAUGCGAACUGUUUCUACCAUGCGAUAGCAUCGGCUCGAUCAGUGUUUGAUUAUGCGAAGGAUGAGCUGGGCAUGCGACUGUGGCUGCUGGAUGUGGGUGGUGGAUUCCCGGGAGACAACGACAAACCGAUCGAUCAGUACGCGGAAGCGGUAUCGCGAGCGUUGCAAGAGUUCUUCCCACCCGAGCAGGACGAAGAGGUGUAUGUUUUGGGUGAGCCGGGACGAUUCUACGUCGGAUCGGCCGCCACACUGCUCACGACGGUGCAGGGGAAAAAGAUUGUGCGGGAUGACGCCGGCCAGAUACAGCAGAUGAUGUACUACAUCAACGACGGCGUGUUUGGCACACUGUUCGAUUGGCUGAGUCUGCGCGAGAUCAAGGACCUAAAGCGAGCGGUGCCGUUGGUGCGGAGGGAGCGUGAGCACGAGCCUGCCUUUCCGACAACCAUCUGGGGCCCCACCUGCGACUCGACGGACAUUGUGUGUGAGGAUGUGCCGUAUCCGGAGCAUCACAUCGGUGACUACAUCGUGUUUGAGAAUCUCGGCGCGUACGGCAUGACGUUUGCGACCAACUUCAACGGAUUCCCCAAGCCGACGGUGCAAGUGUAUGUGAAGCAGAACACUUGGAACAUGCUGCACUCGAUCGCCGGUACCGACUGGAGGCAGAAAACACUCACCUUUUUCGAGAGAGAGUGCCCUAGAAAGGGGCCGGAACAAUCCAGCGACCAGCUUUAAAUUGUAUUGCAUUGUGUGUUUGUGUUCUUUGAGCAUGGGGUUUUAAAUAAAACAACCUCCUAAGUAUACCAGUGCCAGCAUACGCUCCAAAAUGGGGAUUGCAAAACUAACUAACCUCGGAUAUUUUGCCAUUACCUCGGCUGAGAAAUUCCCCGCUGUCCGUACGAAAUCGUCGGUUCGCUGGCGGAGUAGAUAAAUUUCAAGUGGCACUGUGGUGGUACCUUGGCCUCGGAGAGUGCUUCACAGAGAGAGGGAGAGAGGGCUUUUGAAAGUAUGGAAUGGAAUGGUUUCAUUUUUAUGUUUACACCACAGCAGACCCUCUUGGUGAAUCCUUUUUCCUGUCCAAUUUUCUAUUUCGACUAGCAUCAAGUGUUUCGACCCACUACGAGACUCAAAAGACUAGCUCCGGAAUGUACUCUUCAAGCGCACUUCUUCCUUUUUUAUCAUUUUACUUUCGCGCGCGCACCAACACAGCAAAAGGCAUCAUUUCUUCACUUUCUUUCAGUAACAUAAAACCGAAACCUUCCGCUUCCAGCAUGUUCCGGCAGAAAGGGGAACCGGUACCGGUACAGGCGAUGGAAAAGAUGAUCCCACUUUUAUUACCCUGUGGGUGCAAUAAUACAAAAAAGCUGUUGACGGUAAAAUAAAUUAGAUUUGAUGGAAAUUUUCCGAUCUCCUCGUCGGUGUGGAUGGGUUGCGGUCUAUAUAGUAUCCUUCCUUUCCGGGCGUUGGGGGUCCAUGAGCAACGUGCAAACAGACGGUGUGUGCCCCGAACGGGAAGGUAAUGCUUUAACCUGGCAAAUCCAGAAGAUGCUACACACGACGUACCCCCAUCGUGCCGGAAGGUAAAUCCUUCCCUGUUCUGCAAGCGGGGCAUGUAUUUUGCUCACGUCAUACCCACCCGCCAAGCCGGUGAAACUUCCGGCAGGAUCAUCACUGCCGCUCCAGACGGCAUGGAAGGUGUUUACGCGAAUGCUUGCCAGUAAAUCAGAGCCACAAAUAUAAGUGCUCCGAGGAGUGUGGUCGUAAAAUAUUGCAACCCACUGCCCCUUACACCGAUAGCGUGUGAAAUUUUCGUCGCCCAAGGAUACAGGACAGGCACCAUCACCACCACCACCAGAAGCGAGCGGACGAAGAUGAACCGAACAACCUCAGAUGUGCUAAAUGAAUGUGCUUUGGAGAAUGCGAAGGAAGGCAGAAGCAGAGCAGCGGGUGGCGUUUUUCCUCAACAUCCUAAUUAGAUCCAACGGUACGGAAACUUUACCACCAGCAGUGCGUUUAAACAAGAUCAUCCCAAGCGGUAGGGAACCGCAUAAAACGAUAAAAAAAUAUCUCGCACUUAGGAACAACUUUUCCGUCGUAAAUUAAAAGUCCUCUCGGGCCGGAUUCCCUUCCCCUUCGCUUCCGAAAAUACCUAUUUUAACGCAAUUUAAACCUAUACACACACACACCUUGUGUGCGCACAUUACGCACAUCAACCUUCCAUCACCAGGGGCAACGCGGCGCGAAACGGAAGAAAGCAAACAAAGGAACGUUUUUAAGCACCAUGAAGGCUACAUUUAGGCGCAUCACCAGAUACGGUGCAGCGUCUCGUGCGCCGGAUUUGGGCUACGAGCAGGUAGGCAGGUGCAGAUCGUAGCCAUUAUUUACGGCACAACUUGAGUGAAAUUAUGUGCUAAUUAAACGUGAUUCAUUCCCGGUAGUAACGCGGACGACGAUGGAGUAGCGUACUGUGCGCCUUCGUACUGUGCGGUGAAAGUAACAACAAUAGGCAGCGUUUUCUGCUGUGUCUCUAUUUCUACUGCUGCUGGCUACAGAUUCUGUGGCAUUGUUGCCACAUUGGAUGGGUUUGUUUUGUUAUUUGAAAAUGCUCUCGGAUGGCGAUUCUGGAUAAGGCGUACCUUGUGGGGUCUAGCCUAUGGCCAUUUCAGCAACACACAAAGACGAGCUUUGUCUAUUUGUUACCGAAGAGAAUGGGCUUUUGUUGCAAAUUCUUUGAUGACUCAAACAACCCUCCAGGGAGUUCUAGUAUCCGCAACUGUACUUUCAAGAUUACAUGAGUUAAUUCCCUGCUCAACCCCGGCUAAUGGUGACGACCUCAACCCAAGUCAUUCGAUAUUUCAACGACAUCAUCAUUCAAACUAAAGUGUGAAAUGUCAGUACAUAAAACGGAACACAGCGCGCCCUUAAUGUCCUUGUCACCAGACGCACCAGAUGGCCAUUCCACGAUGGCUGUACGACCCAUAAACAAUCAAUACACCCUCUGUCUCUCCCACCUUCUGCAGAGAACCGGUAAACGAAAAGAGCGAUAAAAAAGUUCAAACAAACUGCCCAAAAAUGUUGGGCCACCCAUCCAUGUUUAGGCAGCGAGGAUGUCCGCGGAGACACACCCCAUGACACACUUCAUUUACGAUUCCGUGUGCGUACCGUUAACGACAGGACGAUAUACGCACUUGUUCUUCUGGUCUGGUAUUGACACUGUCAGAAUGUUAUCAUUUAAUUUUCAUCGCAUCCUGCCGCCGCCGCCUUGUUGUACGUAAGUAGGGCGAGAGCUGCCGGGGACGGCAACAAGCCGGCAACAAACUGCUCGACUCGAGACGUGUGUUUAUUUUGUGUCCCACUAGAAGAACCGAAGCAUCUUCAGUUACGACGCAUGCCGGAAGUAUCGCUUGCCAAAUAAAUACCCAAGCCCCAAUGCAUGCCAAUGCCGAAGAAUAACUCAAUAAAAGUGAAUGUUUCCUCGUUGUCUAAUGGCCGGAGUAAACGAAGGCUGUUCCCCUUUCUCCCGUGCGCAUAAAGUUUGAUUUGUUUGACGAGAAGCUAUUCCAUUUCCAAUCUCCACUCUGCCACCCGUUGCCAUACGAGAACAUCAUUUCCUGGAGUCUUAAAGUGUGAAAUGAUGCAUAAAACAACGCAAUGUGCUUGACGAACGAAAACGAAAAGUGACGCUACUAAACGGUCCUGAAGGUCUUGGAGAUGAGUCGUUUGACCGUUCAGAAGUGUUCCAUCGUUAAAAGAUGCCUCGUUCCGUAAUAGGUGUAGGUCCGAAUAAUAAACCCCCCAAAAAAAGCUUUCCCUCUCCCAAAGCGUACAAUAAAUCCGACUAGACUGCCAACUGA